UUCAACCAGGAAGUAAACAGUGAACUCCGAUUUGAACUUCAUGCUGACUCAGAUAUUUAGAAAAUGUUUAACCUCACACCAGCUCAUCCGUAAUCUAAAAGAAACGUAGACAAAUAACUGAAGACAGUAUUUGCAGAUGCACAGCGAUUUAUUACUGUCAAACAGUAUAAGGUCCUGUCGACACAUUAAACACGUGCACGUGUGUUUCCUGACUAAGCAAUAUUAACACCUGCUCCAAGUUUCGCGAUUAACGGGAUAUGAACAGCGAAAACUUCAGUCUGAGCGAAAAGAUCGUGUCGUCUUCAUAUGUACGGCAGGGACUGCAGGCUCGUCGCGGUCACGAGCAGCUGAUUCGAGUCCUUUUAGAACAGGGAAAAUGUCCAGAGGAGGGAUGGCACGAAAGCACCAUAGAGCUCUUUCUGAACGAACUGGCAGUCAUGGACAGCAACAACUUCUUAGGAAACUGCGGUGUGGGAGAGAGGGAGGGAAGAGUCUCAUCAAGCCUGGUGGCAAGAAGACAUUUCAGACUCAUUCACGGGAUUGGUCGAUCAGGGGACAUUGCUGCUAUUCAGCCCAAGGCUGCUGGUUCCAGUCUUUUAAAUAAAAUCACCAAUUCUGUAGUACUGGAUGUUUUGAAAUUUACAGGUGUUAGGAGUGCAUCAUCAUGCUUUGUGUGCCCAAUGGCGACUGGAAUGAGUCUCACGUUGUGUUUUCUCACGUUGAGGCACAGAAGGCCUGAGGCACGCUACAUCCUUUGGCCUCGCAUUGACCAGAAGUCCUGCUUUAAAUCUAUGGUGACUGCUGGUUUUGAACCCGUGGUAAUUGAGAAUAUUCUGGAAGGAGAUGAACUAAGAACAAACCUGCAAGAACUUGAGAGGAAGAUUGAGGAGUUGGGUGCCAAAAACAUCCUGUGUGUCCAUUCCACAACAUCCUGUUUUGCACCACGUGUUCCUGACAGACUAGAGGAACUUGCUGUUCUGUGUGCCAAGCAUGAUAUCCCUCACAUAGUCAACAAUGCCUAUGGCGUGCAGUCAUCUAAAUGUAUGCACCUUAUUCAACAGGGAGCCCGUGUAGGAAGAAUUGAUGCCUUUGUCCAAAGUCUUGAUAAAAACUUUAUGGUCCCAGUUGGUGGUGCUAUCAUUGCUGGUUUUGAUGAGGCCUUCAUAAAGGAAAUCAGUCAAAUGUACCCUGGUCGAGCUUCGGCCUCUCCAUCUCUAGACGUCCUCAUUACUCUGCUUUCUCUCGGGGCCAGCGGCUACAAGAAACUCCUGUCUGAGAGGAAGGAGCUGUACGGCCACCUGGCACAUGAGCUGAAAGCUCUAGCAGAGAAACAUGGAGAGAGACUGCUGCACACGCCACACAAUCCAAUAUCACUGGCCAUGUCACUGAACAGUCUCCAGGGGCGUAGCGAUAAAGCAGUCACCCAGUUGGGCUCCAUGCUCUUCACCAGACAGGUGUCAGGGGCCAGAGUGAUUCCACUUGGUGUGGAGCAGACUGUUAGUGGUCACACUUUCCAAGGAUUCAUGUCACAUGCAAAUUCUUAUCCAUGCCCGUACCUUAAUGCAGCAUCAGCCAUUGGAAUAACCAAAGAUGACAUAACAUUGUGCAUGAAGAGACUUGAGAAAUGCCUCAAGAGCCUUAAGAAAGAAGCACCUGUAGAGAUAAAUGAAUCUGCAUCACCAUGUGAAGGUUUGGAUGACCAGACAGUGCCCUGAGGGUUUUCAUGACUGUGAUUUUCUUUUUUUUUGUCUUGUAAGAUGAUGUUAUUGCAGUUAUCUAAUGUGUGAAAUUUGAUUUAUAAUAAUUUAACAAUGCUCUAUUGAACAUUUCAGUUUCUUUUAUAUUAAACCAAAUGGAUUUAGGUCUGAGUUUAAGCUCUUUAACUAAUAAUAAACGCACCCAAUUCCAUAAAUCUGUUCUGUAAUUUAGCUUUAUUGCAUAUGACACACUACAACAUCCCACAUUACUAAAGGAAAAAUUCACUCUAAUUGGAUAUAUGUGUCUUAUGUACUUAAAAGUGUUAAGUGUUUUAAUAUCAGGACCUCCGAUACAAAGUAGUAUUUUAUUUUUUCCAUUGUCCAUCCACUGUAAAAACAGAUAUUCAACAUCAUGCAUGAUGCUUCACCUAUUUUGUCAGACACUUUAUAAAAAGGCUCUCAUAGGAAUUACAUGGAAUUAUCCAUGGUCAUAGGUAACAAUCCUUGUGGGUUUUCAUGUAAUAUCACACCCAUGGUUUACACUGGCUUUUAAGGAUGUGUCCACUUUAGUGGUUAAAAUAAAUUCUAAUAGAAACUGCAGAAAUGUGCAUUUCAGAUAAAUUCAAUUUAAGACUUGUAAGAUGAACUUUUGUUUUACUGGAUUCAGGCUGUAGUCCCUUACUGAAAUCUCAGCUUAUAGAAGAGUGAAGAUUUUUGCAUUGUACUCAAGUGCACUGAUGUAACCCAUGCCUGACCCCAAAUCGAUAUGCGUUUUACAUUCAUUGCCUUGUAUUGACUACAUCUACCUGUAGUUACAUCUAAUUUAAUUCAUUCGUGUAAUGUAAGCAGUCAUAUCUGUGGUAGGAAAAUACUUAUUAAAAGCUGAAUACUUCAAAUGUUCAAUUAAAAAGGUCACAUUUACACUGUUUUCACUGUUUGUUUUUGUUCUGACACUCUUCACACCUCCUUUCUGUGGCGCUGUGUAAUUUUACUGUAGUUUAAAUCCAUUCUGUCUCUACGUUUCCCCAUUAUACACUGCUUACUCAUAUUUCAUCUUUGUUCAAUAAGCUUUGUCUCUUAGUAAUAAACUUUCCUCUUGCCCUUUG